UGCGCAUUCUGCAGCAAACUCGACUCCAGAUCGUUGAAGAUCAGCGCAGACCUCGUUCCUAUUCGGCCGCUACAAUGAUCCACCAUUGAGCUGCCCUGCACUAUAGCGCUUGCUUCUUACCUUGACGAGGCAUGAUUGUCAGGAGAUAGGCGCGGAGCCGUGCACGGCACAUGCUGCAGAAUUGAUUCCAGAGUUAUAUCUGCUGACGACCCGCAACGAUGCCUUCCAGGCUUCAGCGUUUGCUGUUCCACGGAUUGACUCACUGACUCACCUCUGCUCGACAUACGCUCGUCCGUCUCUCGCCAUGAACGACUACGCGGAGAGCUGGACGCUGCUUGCCCUCGCGCUGGCUCUGAUUCUCCUCCGGAUAUACGUGCGAUGGACGCAGACGGGGCCUGGGAAUUUUCAGCUCGAUGACUACCUCAUGCCCCUCGCUGGUGCCGUCUUCGCAGUCGAAGUCUCCCUCGCCUACCUCGUCGGCGCCAAAUACCAGGGCCUCACGAAUAGCUAUAUGACCUCCGAGCAGCGCGCUGCAAUCGACCCUUCCUCCCGAGAAUACUAUAACCGCGUUUGGGGCUCGAAGAUCCAGGUGGCCGGAUGGUCGCUGUAUGCGAUGGUGCUGUGGCUGGUCAAGUUUAGUUUGGCGGUUUUUUACUCGCGAUUGACAACCGGACUGAACCACCUCCCCUCGCGCGUCCGCAUCGCAUACCUCCUACUCGGCGUCUCCUAUCUCGCCGUCGCAUUGACCAUCAUCCUGAGCUGCCAGCCCAUGCAUAGGUUCUGGCAGAUUAGCCCCGAUCCAGGCAAUAUCUGCCAGCCCGCCUGCUCCAAAGUCUACGUCCUCGUCGUGAUGAUCCCGAAUGUCCUGACCGAUAUCUAUCUCAUGUCCAUCCCUCUUCCGCUCCUCUGGACCGUCCGCAUCGGCAUCCGCCGAAAAGUCACCCUCAUGGCCCUCUUCAGCGGCGCCGUCUUCGUCAUCAUGGCGGCGAUUAUUCGCGCAGUGACGAUUCUUACUGCCGGCGCCGACGGCGCCGUCUCCGGCAGCAAAUGGGCAUGCCGCGAAUCCUUCGUAUCGAUCAUCGUCUCGAACCUGCCGAUCGUGCAGCCGCUGAUCCGGCGCGGGGCAAGCAAGAUCGGGCUGUCUGGGCUGUUCAGCAACUCGGGCGGGCCGAGCGAUUACCAGGGCCCGUCGGGGCGGCGGAGGGGGGAGAGCCACCAGCUGAGUAGCGGGACGGGGCUGAAGACUGCGAAUGGAGGGGGCACUGUGAGCGGGAUGGUGAGUUCGAAGCUGGGGAUGGGGCGGAAGGGGAGGAACCGGGCGAGUUUGACGAUGGUUUCGCAGACGGGGGGCGGGUGGGGGAGUGAGGAGGAGAUUCUGGUUGGUGGGGCUGGGGCGCGCGGUGCCGGGGGCGAUAAGGUCGGGAAUGGGAUUACGGUUACGAGGGAGAUGCAUGUUGAGAGUGAGGAGGUGCGUGCUGGGUCGGAUAGUGCCGCUGGUAGUGGGAGUGGCAGCCCGAAGGGGGAUGGGGCCUUGCAUGUUACGAAUGAGUCGCUGUCUGGGACGAAUGGGUGGGAUCUUCCGGGCCAUGCGAUGGGGAAGAGGGGGGUUUAAGAGGGCUUCAGGUUGCUUUUCUUUUGUUCUUUAUUCAGGGGAGGCUAAUGUCUAAUGCGGUGGCUGCUGGUUGGACAUGGGAUACUAGGUUGGGAGUGGUUUUUGUCUUAUACCCCGGAGUACUGUAUGCAGAAGAGGGAGUUGAAGGUUCAGAGGAAGGAAUGAUAUUGAUAAAUUGCUAUUCUAAUCGACCCAACGAUGGCAUGCAGUGAAGGUCUGGGGUAGGAGGAGAGGCUCCGUAACGAUCAGGUAGAUUUAUGGAGGUUUAGUUAAGCUGUCUGGUCCUUUAUCAUCUUGAGUCAUACUUCCAGUAUAACUAGG